AUCACAUGAGACAUGUCAGAAUAAAGGGGGAUGUGAUUUCCUUCAAAAUCACAGUGAUUUUUGUGGCUCAGGUAUUCCCGUAAUUCCCAGGAAAGUCUUCCAGCCCAGAUGUUACACUAGAUGCUGCCUCUGUGAUGCCACGUGGGAGAGAAGUGCGUGAAGUUGCAAAGGUCACACCUGGUCCGCUGGAGGAUUAAAUCAUCAGAAGUCUUCUCAUCUCCCAGCGGCGGGCUCCCUUUUGCCUUGAUGUGAUGCGGAUUUGAUGUAGCCAACGCCUCAGAGUAACAAUCCGCACUGCUGCCAGGUGAGCAUGCACAGGUAGAGAAGCAUCAUUACAUUACAGGUCAUUUUAUCCAAACCAACUUACAUUACAUUUUUAGGGGAGCUCUUAGGGGUUAGGUGUCUUGCUCAGGGACACUUCGACAUGGGACAUGGGGCAGCCGGGAUUCGAACCACCAACCUUGUGGUUCUCAGCGCAGCCUCUCUAACCUCUGCGACACGACGACCCUUUCACCGGCGGAAAGGACUCCUCCGUCUUCCGGUAUGUAAAUCACAGGUUGGGGUUGAGGUUGUCGCCAAAGAAAUAGCGCAGAUGUUUACAUUUGCAAACAUUCCUAUUCGAUGGUUACUUCUUAAAGUGGGCUACUAUAAUAUCGACCGAAUAUCUGUGGACUAACGUUACUGAAAUAUUAAAAUCACACGUGUCGCCUUUGCAGGUUUAUUGGCAGUAUAUUUGCGCUGUGCGUUUCUUAUUGUAGCCUCCGCGUAGAAAAAACACCUGGAAGCAGUUUGUGCUUCUAGGUUAUAAUCUUAUGUAUCUCUCAAAUAUUUCGGGUUAAAAAAAUCGGGGUUUUUUAGGAACGCUAAGCUAUGAGACAGGGUUUUUCUAACCAAACGAGUUUCAUCAUCAACAUCAGAAAUGCAACGUAAUCCUGUGCGUUCGCUAUCAAAACACCACCUCCAGUCAAACAUGAUGUGCCGUAUAUUGUGAAGACAACUCACCUUACACUCACAAACGUACGGUAAUCAAAACAACAUCGUAGAGGUACAAUUUAAUGGUGCUUUCAGGUAUAACCCGCAAAAUAACACACCACGUAAUCGAAACAGUAAAUAUGCCCCUAUAAAUGGAAAUCUAAUCAAAUUACUUGAAGGAAAAGAAAAUGCCCGGAACCGCGCAAAAAAAAAAAUUUUUUGUUUACGUUCAUCUUCAAAUUUUGUUUAAAAAGACACAUACGAUUUACUUUCAAGGAUGGUCCUCAGGUAAGCGUUUUUUUUAAUUGCACGAUUGAAUUACACCAGCUCUAAAGUCAAUAUACAUCAGAGUCUCCCAUAUCACUCGGUUAUUAAAACAAAUGAUCAAAUUCCUUGAUACCAAAACGCGUUUUCUUUGGUAUUUACAAUAUUCCCGAGGACACCUGAAGGUGCCGUAAACUGUGCACAGUUACCACUGCUCCUAUUGGAUCAGUUAUCAGUUAUCCACCGCGCCCACUUAUGACGACAUCGAAUCGCUUCCGGCUUUCUCUGCACGCUCAGGGCCGUCAUACACAAAACGUCUGACGGAAUCUCCUUUAUUAGUUUCCCUCAGUUAUGCACCGCACUGACAACCACCGUCAAAGUAGUAAAGCAUCAGAUAAAACCUGUGCGGAGUUUUUAUUUUUAUUUUCUUCAUUCAAACCGUACGUGCUAACGCGCGAUGCUAACGUUAGCGCAGUAACAACUGGUGGGAAGCCUGGAGUUGUGGUGAAGUCCACAUGACUGUUCGAAGAUGGGCUCUGUUCGCUGGGCUUUUCGCUGCGGGACGUGGACGCCAAGCAGGUCCGAGUGGCUUUUCGCUGCUCGUUGCGUUCAGCGGGAGGAGAAGGACAGGAUCGGACAGUUUGUGUUUGCCCGGGAUGCCAAGUCAGCCAUGGCCGGAAGGUUGUUGCUGAGGAAGUUGGUGCAUGAUAGGGUUGGGAUCCCCUGGUCGGAGAUCAGACUUGAUCGAUCCCCCAGAGGGAAACCGUACCUGGCAGCACCACUGAAGGUCGGUACAGAUUCCGUUCCCGAGCCGCCGUCCUGGAGUUUCAACUUGUCCCACCAGGGAGAAUACGCUGUGCUCGCUGCAGAGCAGGGCAUGCAGGUGGGGGUCGAUAUCAUGAAGAUCACAAUGCCAGGUAGCAGCUCUGUGCCAGAGUUUUUCCGCAUCAUGACUCGUCAGUUUACAGCUUACGAGUGGAGCGUCAUCCAAUCAAGCGGCUUGGAGCACCAGCAGCUUGCCGCGUUCUACCGCCACUGGGCCUUGAAGGAGAGCUUCAUCAAAGCCAUCGGCACGGGCCUGGGCUUCAACCUGCAGAGGGUGGAGUUCCACCUGCCCCCAGAACCGCUCUCACAGAAAUGUGCUCUGCGCCAGACCAAGAUGCUUCUAGACGAGGAAGAAGAAGGCGACUGGGUUUUUGAAGAGAGCUUGCUGGAUGCUGAUCAUCAUGUUGCUGUAGCACUUGGACCAGCAGACCAUGCAGGCUCUUCGCGUCUUCGUCCUCCUCCUCCUCCUCCUCCCACCUCCUUUACGCUGCUGUCGUUCAGUGACCUCAUCGCCUCGGCGUCUCCUCUGACGGAGGAAGACCCCGCCUGCUGGGACAGCUUCAAGAUGAAGGCUGAAGCUCCACAGAGACAGAGGGAAACACGCGCAUCCGAAUAACCACCUGUCUCAUGCUGAGGCCUGCCCGAUCCCCCCGACGCACCGACAAACCGAAGCACCGGCCUGUAAAAAGUGCAAAAAAAAACCCAACAACCCUGGAGCUGACGUCUCAGCGGCUCUCAACACAAUUCCAUUCAAGCCAAGUUUUUUCAAAGAAGCUGAGCUUUGUCUCUGAGGCCUUUAGAGUUCAUACCGCAUCUGACACGUCUAUCUUUAGAUCCUUUACUCAGAUGAAAGAAAAUAAACCCUGACAGACCAGAUACACUCACGAACCCACUGUGCAGUACUUUUAUUGUUGUGUAUAUAGAUUGAUAUCUUGUGAAAUUUACAUUAUAUUUUUAUUUUUAAAAGAUUUGUUAGUGAAAUGUAUUUAUUUUAACCAUUGCAGUAGACUUUCUUAUUAAAACUACUGCUCUAUAAGUGCCGUAUGAUUUGUA